AUGAGUACCACUGAAGCAUAUGGUACUAAAAGUUUAAAUCCAUAUGUUCUGACAAAUAGUAGUUCAGAUAAACAGACUGCUCAUUUAUUUAGCAAAAUACAAUCUGUUCAACAUCCAAGUGACUAUGGAUCAUCAAGUCAUACACCUAAACGAAACCGAACACAAUUUAAUAGUUCAGAUGCUACAACUGGUCGACAUUCAACGAAAUUGCAUCAACAUCAACAAGGAACUGCAAAAACAUCGUCAUCAAUUACAUCUCCAUACUUUAACAUCUAUCAUCAACCAAAGAAAAAUUACAAUGAUUCAUCAGCUCCUUCUCGUCGUAAGUCAUUCAAACCAACGUUUCCACCAUUCCGUAUUACUCUACAAUAUUCAAAUAAAUUUCCUGCGACAGAAUUAAUAAUUAUUAAAGAGAUAAACAAAUAUUGUAAAUUGAAAUUAAUUCAUGGUCGAUAUGCAAAAAAAACAAAUAAUCAAAUGUGCUAUUUACUCUAUAUAAGUACAACAGCACAAUUUCAAUACCUUAUGUGCGAAUCCAAUUGGCCAGAGAAGAUUUGCAAUAGUGAAUAUAAACUUGAUUUACCAACUAAAAUUUCAUCAUCUUACUCAAUUAUUGUUCUGAGUGGUCUUUGA